AGUAGACAGAACGCCAUUUUUUUUCACAAAGGAAAAAAGCAAAGUAAAAGUGUGUGGUUUUUGGUAACGCUCUUAAGAAUUAAAUAAUAAUUAGCAAGGAAAUAUAUCUGAGAGCUCGGUGAAAAUUGAGAAAGUGCAGAAGUGUUAAUACUUAUUAACGAAAAAUCCACUUUUGAGGGGGACUUUAAAAAUGGCGUUCCGUGGCAACCAGAAUCGCAAUCGCAAUUUCGGCGGAGGCAACCAAUACGGAGGACCAAUGGGUACCAAUCGUAUGGGCGGCAUGAACAUGUCACCCUGGGAAUCACAAAAUCCUGGAGGUGGUCAAUUUGGAAAUAACAUGCGUCAAGGUGGUGGUCAAAUGAACGCGCAGGCUCUGAAUCUGGCCAACAAUUUGCUAAACAACUUGUUCCGGAGCCAGAAUCCACCCUCUUUGCUGGAUUUACCCCGUGGUGGCAUGGGCAAUCGUAAUCAACGUGGUGGGCCGAUGGUCAAUCGCGGCGGCGGUGCGGCCAAUCGUCUUAAUAAUCGUCGUGGCCAAGGAGGUUUUCAAAAUCGUGGCAUUACUGGUGGCCCAAAGCCCCCUCAAAAGCAGGGCGCCGGCGGCAUUCGCAAGCAGAAUGCUUUUGAUCGUGCUAAGAAACUUUUGGCUAAAAAUGCCAACACUAAUAAAAAGAAGGAAAUUACUCCUGGCGAAAAGAAAAUUGAGAGCCCCAAGGAGUCUCCAUAUUCGAGCGUCCCAAAUGAUAUGUUUUAUUGCCAUCUGUGCAAGAAGCAUAUGUGGGAUGCCAACUCAUUUGAGAACCAUAUUAAGGGACGCACGCACUUAAUGAUGCGCGAAGGCAUUGAGGAGAGUUACCGCCUGAAGGCCAACAUGAUAAGACAGGAGGCCAAGAUUGCUGAACAGCUGAAAUCAAUUGAGUUCGAUCGUCUCAAGCGUAUGGGCAAGAGCAAGCAGCGCCAGUUGGACUACUGUACCAUGUGCGAUCUGAAUUUCCAUGGACACAUUUCAACCCAUCGCAAGUCAGAGGGACACUUGCAGCUGAAGAAGUUCUUACACCCUAAAUGCAUUGAGUGCAAUAAGGAGUUCGCUACUCGCAUUGAUUACGAUACUCAUUUGCUAUCGGCUGACCAUUUGAAGAAGGCAGCUGAGAAUAACACAAAGGUGGGCGAGCGUAAGCGCCAGACGUUGCCAAUUAGCACAGCUGAGGAAGAGACACGCGACUUGCGUCCACCACAGAAGCGCAAGAAGAAAAUCAUUAAGAAAGAGGGUGACGAAACCGUCGAGAUAAAGAAGGAGAUUGAAGAAGGUGGAGCCGAAGGCGAGGAAGCUGAGGCUGAGGAAACCAAAGAAGGUGAUGAGAUUGGUGAUGAAACUAAAGAAGGAGAUGAGUUGAAUGAAAGCCAGGAAGAAGAAGAGGUUGCCUUGCCCGUUGACCCGGAGGACUGCAUUCUUGACUUUAGUGAGGGUGAUGAGAUUCCAAGCGAAGUGGACACCCGCUUGCCAAAAUACAACUGGCAGCGCCCUGUUGGGCCAGGACUUAUCUCGAAGUUAGAGUGCUUCGAAUGCGCCGUUUGCAGCAAGUUCUUUGACACAGAGGUCACUGCUGAGAUUCAUUCGCGUACCGCCACGCACCACCGCAAUUUCCUCAAAUUUAUUAAUGAGAAGUCUAGCGACACAAAGAUUGCACAAAAGAGAGCUGCCGCUGCCAUAGAGGAAAAUGAGCGCAAGAAACGUAAGAUUGAAGAACCCGAGGCUCCGUCUACAGAGGCCACCGGCGAGGAGGCAGCUGAAGCUGCAGAUGGUGAACUUUACGAUCCAUCAGAAGCCACUGGCGAUGAUGACGAUGUGGAGAUGGACAACGCCGAGGGAGAUGAGGAUGCCGGUGAUGCUGUAGAUAAUGGUGAAGAAAUGGAAGCCCAAGAAGACGAAGCCGAUCCAGAGCUUGAGGGUGAGCAAGAAGCUACCUCAGCAGCUGCUCCUGUUGGACAGGCGGCUGGAACAGUCAAGCAAGAAAUUGCAAAGACACCAACAAAGACCGUCGCCGCAACACCGGCUACGCCUGCAACUCCUGCAGUCAAUGCCUCUCCAGCCGCCGCCCCCGCUGCUGCUGCAGUGGUCACACCCGACGCUACAGCUUCCCCUGCCAAGAAGGCAACACCUGCAACUCGUGGUGCCGCUGGACCGAAGGCCACACCUCAACGUAAUCGUGCGCGUGGGCGCUACAAUCGAUGCUAGAGAGCUGCAAUUCGCAAUUCUGGGCAUAAGACAAAAUAUUCAAAUAUUUAUAGUUGUAAUCCAUAACUUAACAAACAUUACAUUAUUCACUACCUUAAACAACACUUUCCCGAUUUGCUUGAGUCUUGAUUUAAAUUGAUGUCUUUCUUGACAAUUUCAUUUCUUCAUUUUUUUUCAAAAUGUUUAAUUGACACAGACAUACAUACAACAUGUACACUUUGUUGUCUUCGAUGCAUCCAUCCCAUCAUACCAAUAUCUUAACAAUUCAAUAUACAAUUCAAAUUAUAUGACUAAAUUAAAAAAAAAUUAUUCA